GAUAGAUAGAUAGAUAGAUAGAUAGAUAGAUAGAUAAUUUUGAAAUAGCAAUGAGGCGGUGAAAUCAACUCUUGCUUCCAAAAGAAUUUCCUGGCUUGCUGCGAGGGUGUCUCUUCUUUGGAUUGUUGCACAGGAGUCGGACUUUGAAUCAGAUCCCACGUUAAUGAGGAAGAAAAGAAUGGGCAAGAUACUCCACAGAACGUUAUGUGGGCUGCUUCUGUUGUCACUUCUUUAUAGCUUCAGUCAAGGAAGCACAGAUAAUCGCUGCACCGCUUCCAUGGCGAAAAGCUGUACUGAAUGUAUAAGAGUUAGCAAGGACUGCUCUUAUUGUAUUGAUGAGGAGUUCAAAAAGGCUCGCUGUGAUUUCAAAGACAACCUAGAGAGACAUGGCUGCAGUGAGAAGAGCAUAGUAUUUAUGAAAGGAGAAAUGUUAACAAUUGAGGAGUUUUACAUUGAUACAUCCCUGAAGAAAACCCAGGUGUCUCCACAGAAAAUGAAACUGAGGCUGAGAGCUGGUGAGGAGUCGAAUUUUAACAUGGCCGUGUUUGAGCCCCUUGAAUCUCCUGUGGACCUCUACAUUCUCAUGGACUUUUCCUACUCAAUGUCUGAUGACUUGAACAACCUUAAAAAAAUGGGCCAGCAACUGGCAAACUUCUUGACAGAUCUGACUGAUGACUAUACAAUUGGAUUUGGCAAGUUUGUGGAUAAAGUAACAACUCCACAGACAGACAUGCGGCCUGAGCGAUUGCGUGAACCCUGGACAGACGCUGACCCUCCAUUCUCCUUUAAGAAUGUCAUCCGCUUAACUCAUGAUAUCGAUAAAUUCAGUAAUGAAUUAAUUAAGGAGCGUAUUUCGGGCAAUCUGGAUUCCCCAGAAGGUGGAUUUGACGCAAUAUUACAAACUGCUGUUUGCAGGGAUCAUAUUGGAUGGCGGAAUGACAGUACUCAUCUUCUGGUGUUUUCCACUGAGUCUGCCUUCCAUUAUGAAGCUGAUGGUGCCAAUGUCCUUGCGGGAAUUCUGAGGAGGAAUGAUGAAGAGUGCCAUCUGAACCGAGCAGGCACUUACACCUUUGACACCAAGCAGGAUUAUCCCUCUGUGCCUAACCUUGUGAAACUGCUGGGAAAAAGCAACAUCAUCCCCAUAUUUGCUGUCACCAACCAUUCUUACAGUUACUAUGAGAAAUUGCACACAUAUUUCCCGAUCUCUGAAAUUGGAAGACUGCAAGAAGAUUCCUCUAAUAUUGUGGAGUUGAUCCGUACAGCUUUUGAGCGUAUUCGUUCCAAGAUGGAUGUUAGACCUUAUAAUAUCCCCAAAGCCAUGAAAAUGGAAAUAACAUCCACAAAGUAUGAAAAAACACAGUCUGGUUCAUUCAACAUUGUUCGUGGUGAAGUGGGGACAUUCAAUGUGCAUGUGAAAGCCUAUGAGAAAGUAGCGGAAGAGCAUGUGUGCAACCUCCCAGAGAAAGACCGGAAACGUGUUAUCCACAUUAAGCCCUCGUCUUUCAGUGAUGAAAUGGAGAUUGAUGCUUCCAUCAUUUGUGAUGCCUGCCCUUGUGAACAGCAACAGGAAAUUAAUUCUCCUAGGUGCAGUUUCCAUGGGAACUUUGUCUGUGGAGAGUGUGUUUGCAAUCCAGGCUGGCGAGGAAGGGUGUGCAACUGCUCUACAUCUUCCUCUACAGACAACGCUGCUUGCAUCAGGCCAAAUGAUACCGAACCCUGCUCCGGGCGAGGGGAAUGUGUCUGUGGCGUGUGUCAGUGCUAUCCAGAAUAUCUGACCCAGCGCUUUGAGGGACAAUUCUGUGAAUUUGACAACUUGCAGUGUCCCCGUACUUCUGGAUUCCUCUGCAAUGACCGGGGUCGCUGUUACAUGGGUCAGUGUGCCUGUGAAAUUGGUUGGACAGGACCUGGGUGUGAGUGUCCCACAAACAACGAAACUUGCAUCAGCAGCAAUGGGGUGAUUUGUAAUGGACGUGGGAGAUGUGAAUGUGGCCGGUGCAUCUGUGACAACCCCAAGGUCUUCACUGGUCCCACUUGUGAAGUCACUGACCUGGGCUUUCAGCGUGUGUGUACAGAAAAUGUCCGAACGUGUGUGCAAUGCCAGGCUUGGGGGACUGGAGAGAAGAAGGGAAAGAAAUGUGCAGACUGCCCUUUCAAGAUCCGACUGGUAGAUGAACUCAAACAAGAGGAAGAGAUCAAUAUGAUUUGUUCCUUCCAAGAUGAAGAGGAUGAUUGCAUGUACUACUAUACCAAGGCAGAUGAUACUGACCUACAUGGCAAUGGCACUGUGCAUGUGCAAAGAAAGAAAGAGUGCCCAGCGGGAAGCUUCCUUUGGCUUAUACCCUUAGUCAUCUUACUGAUGCUUCUCCUGGGAUUGCUGCUUCUAUUCUGCUGGAGGUUCUGUGCCUGCUGCAAGGCUUGCCUGGCUCUGCUGCCCUGUUGUGCGCGAGGUCGCACCGUUGGUUUCAAAGAGGACCACUAUCUGCUCAGGCAGAGUCUUAUGACCUCAGAUCACCUGGACACUCCCAUGGUACGCAGUGGCAACCUAAAAGGCAGAGAUACGGUCCACUGGAAGAUCAAGAACAACGUACACAAACAAGACUUCUCUUCCUUAGCUCUCAACCCAAAGGACUUGAUUCCUUAUGGUAUAUCUCUCAGAUUGGCCCGGCUCUUCACCCAAAACCUUGCUAAACCAGACAGCCGCGAACGUGAGCAAUUGCAGAAGCAAGUGGAGGAAAAUCUGAAUGAGGUUUACAGAACUAUCUCAGGUGCCCACAAAGUCCAGCAGACAAAAUUCAGGUUACAACCAAAUGCUGGGAAAAGACAGGACCACGCAAUCGUAGACACUGUACUCCCUGCUCCCCGCUCAGCAAAGAAUGAGAUAGUGAAAGUAACAGAGAAGCAUGUCUCGCAAGAGGCUUUCAAUGAUCUGAAAGUGGUGCCUGGUUACUACACUGUAAUCGCCGACCAGGAUGCUCAUGGACUGGUAGAGUUUCAGGAAGGAGUGGAAGUGGUCGAUGUCCGGGUUCCCCUCUUCAUUAGGGAAGAGGAUGAUGAUGAGAAACAGCUGCAAGUGGAAGCCAUAGAUGUUCCUGUGGGAACUGCAGAGAUUGGCCGACGGUUGGUCAACAUCACCAUAAUAAAAGAACAAGCCAACAGCAUAAUUAGCUUCUUGCAGCCAGAAUAUUCAUACAGCCGCUUUGACCAGGUGGCUAAGAUACCUGUGACUCGUGACAUAUUGGACAAUGGGAAAUCCCAGAUAACCUACAGAACGCGUGAUCUCACCGCCCAGGAAGGCAGAGAUUAUGUAUUUGCAGAAGGCGAUUUGGUCUUCCUGCCUGGGGAGAAGAGGAAGGAGGUGCAGGUAAAAUUGCUGGAGCUGACAGAAAUAGAUGCCCUGCUUCACAAUAAGCAGCUGAAGCAGUUUGCAGUGGAUCUCGUCAACCCCAGGUUCGGUGCAAAAGUUGGCAAAUACCCUCAAACCAUGGUGACAAUUGUCGAUCCAGAAGCGGUUGAUGGUAUACCAUCCAUGGUGGGCUUAGGCCAGCUUCCUCAGUCUCCCAGAGGCCUCCUGGCUGCUCCUCUUAAUCCAAAUGCACAAGCGCUAAGCUCAAGGAAGAUCCGUUUCAACUGGUUACCACCUCCUGGGAAACCUGCGGGAUACAAGGUAAAAUACUGGAUCCAAGGAGACCCUGAAUCAGAGGCUCACUUGCUCGAUUCGAAAGUACCAUCAGCAGAGUUGACUAACCUGUACCCCUACUGUGACUAUGAGAUGCAGUCCUGUGCCUACAAUGCCAUGGGGGAAGGGCUUUAUUCAGAAGUGGUUCACUGCCGUACACUUGAGGAAGUCCCUAGUGAACCUGGACGUUUGGCUUUCAAUGUAAUUUCCUCCACUGUGACACAACUGAGCUGGGCUGAGCCGGCCGAGACUAAUGGAGUGAUCACAGCCUAUGAAGUUGGCUAUGGACCCGUCAACGAGGAAAACAGACCCAUUGGGCCAGUAAAGAAAGUCAUGGUAGAAGAGUCUAAGAAGCGGAUGGUCCUCAUCGAAAACCUAAGAGAGUCUCAGCCCUAUCGCUACACAGUCAAGGCCAAGAAUGGAGCUGGAUGGGGGCCUGAAAGAGAAGCAACCAUUAACUUGGCCACACAACCCAAGCGCCCCAUCUCCAUUCCCAUUAUCCCUGAUGUGCCAAUAAUUGAUGCGGAAGAAAGAGAGGAGUAUGACAGCUACCUAAUGUACAGUACGGAUGUGAUGCGUUCACCUGCUGGUAGCAAACACCCCAGCGUUUCGGAUGAUUCUGGCUCUCGGUGGAAAUAUGUGCAGCUGCUGGGCGACGAGCUGGACCUUCGCCGCGUCGCCUGGAGGCUCCCAGCAGAACUGAUCCCUCGUUACUCGGACAGCAGCUGCUUUUCCUCGGAUACAGAGGGUCUCCUCCAUGAGGAUAGCACCCACUAUGAGCUGGUCGACAGUGAGGCAGCCAGCAGCAGUCUACCAAGGAGUGGGACUCCCCGGCCCCAACCAGAACACAUGAUGAAUGGGCGAAUGGAUUUCACUUACCCUGGCAGCAUUGGAAGCCUGACCCGGAAUGUGACAUCCAACUCCACCUAUCUAAGUCCACACAUACAUCAUGAGAGGAGGGUCAUAGGAAAUUCCUCUCUGACAAGGGAGUAUACAACAAUGAUGUCUGGAUAUGACCAUUCCAGGAGGAAGUUCCCUCCCAUACAUGAAGAUGCUGGGAGGACGGUCUUGAUGCCAAAGGAUGUGGGCUUCAUGAGGGCAAAGGUGAAGGGUUACUAUGGCAACAGUGAUGCUCGGGAUUCUAUAAUCAUGACUGAUGGGCCCUCCUGGAUUUCCAGCUACCUAGAUUCCAAGACGCAACAGGGUGUUCCUGACACCCCUACCCGCCUGGUGUUCUCUGCUUUGGGGCCCACCUCUCUGAAGGUCAGCUGGCAGGAGCCACAGUGUGACAAAGAAGUGCAGGGGUACAGCGUACAGUACCAGCUCCUCAGUGGAGGAGAAAUACGGAGGCUGACCAUUCCCAGCCCCACCCAGAACUCUGUGGUGGUUGAUGACCUGCUGCCAAACCACUCCUAUAUCUUCAAGGUGAAGGCCCAGAGUGAUGAAGGAUGGGGUCCAGAGAGAGAAGGUGUGAUCACCAUUGAAUCCCAAGUGGAUCCACGUAGCCCUCUGAGUCCCGUUCCAGGUUCUCCAUUUACGCUGAGCACACCCAGUGCCCCUGGGCCCCUGGUAUUCACAGCCCUGAGUCCGGACUCUCUUCAGCUGAGCUGGGAGAGACCCCGCCAGCCCAAUGGGUUAAUUCUCGGCUACAUGGUCACCUGCGAGACACUGCAUGGUGGGGGUGAACCCAGGAAUAUCUACGUAGAGGGAGACAAUUCUGAGACCACCCUAACAGUGCCCUACCUGAGUGAAAAUGUUCCAUACAAAUUCAAAGUACAAGCAAAAACUACUCAAGGCUUUGGACCUGAAAGAGAGGGCAUCAUCACCAUUGAAUCUCAAGAUGCAGGUGCCUUCUCUCAGUUUGGAACACAGCAGUUCACCAGAGAAGAGGUUUUCAAUCUCCCUACAGAGUAUAGCACACUUACCAGAAUCACUCCGUCUUCACUGGAUCCUUCUUAUGCAGAUGGUAUGGUGAUGACCACUCAGCGAGUGGAGAGUGGCAGCACACUCACCAAGCAGGUUACCAAAGAAUUUGUCUCCAGAACCAUGAUGUCGAACAGCAGUGGGACCUUCUCCAGGCAGGCAGAGAGGCAGUUCUAUGACGCCUGAGUCAGGAGGAAAGCUGCCAAGGGGACGCUUGGGUUUUGAAAGGGGGUGAUUGUCAAGUAGGCCUGUGCUUUGGUCACUUUCCAGGCUGGAGCACCUGGUGCCCACUGCCAGGCACGAGCACUAAAAGCACUGGAUGGGGCUUUUGCAAUACCAAUGGUUGGAAGCUACGUGCAGCCGCGAUGGUAACCCAGGAUAUUACAAGCAGGGAUUUUAGCCACAUGUUUGGAUAUCAAGGGCUGUCGGUUACUUUUCUUUGGAGCCAAGCUCCUCCUAUUUCUUACUUGGCUUGGCUGCUCUCCCAUUUAACUGCACAGAACUGGAUUUAUUUUUUCAAUUCCCAUCCUUUGCCAUAACUUUUCUGGUUGUGUCAUUUAUUUUGAUCUCUUCCCAGUUGUUCAGGCACAUCUCCUCCCUAGCCACAUUGUUAGUGCCACCCAGAAAUCACUGUCACACUCCAUGGCAGGGAAGGGGAGGUGGGUUUUUUUUAUGUUUGACAUCUUCCUGUAGAGUAACUUUUGCAAAGCAGGGGAGAAAAUUGUUUUCAGAAUCUUUCCCAAUAUCUGUGUAUAAGCUCCCCUGCUGCUAAGGGUAGUACAGAAUGGUAACCAAUGAGUACGUUAAUGUCCAUAACCCUCUGUCAUGCUUCAUGGUGUAAGGCUGCUUAAAAUACUGUAUAGUUUGGCUCAUACAAAUAUUCUGUUUGGGGUUGUUGGCUUUCUCUCCCUAUCCUUUUGGCGGUCAGUUCCUUUACAGCAGUAAACAUUUGACACAGCAUUAAUAACAAGUGAAUGCCAUUGCUAGAAUAAGCGCUUAAAAUGGAGUUUUAGUUCAUUUUAAGGAAAUAUUUUGAGUGCUUCCAAAAAAAGUCUUGAAACUGCCUCACUCAUACAAUUUUAUGAUAGAUGUUAUUAUCUUCCAUUCAUAACCCUCAUAGGUCUUCCAGUACCACUUCUUCCAUCAUUUUUCUUGCCGUAGAAAAUCCACUAAAGAGAGACAGGUAUAGCUGGAUAAUGGCUUCUGAUUGCCAGUGCUAGGAGAAUAUUAAGCCAAAAUUAACAUUAUAGUGUAGCGUUUAUAUUUACUUUAUUGGACUAUUAAUCUUCCUCAUUGACCAACCAUAGCAAGGUCUGCUCAUAUUUGUCUGCUCGUCCUGCUUACUCGCCAAUGGCAGCACUUUAAUUGCAAGCAUAUUAAUUGCGCCUCUUAAGCGUUCACAAAUACUCGAUCUGAAUGUGAGUGCAAAUGGAGGGUUCUAGCCUGCUUCUUCACCAUCACUCUCUUUACAAGUACUGUAGAGCAAAAGCCUCUCCUACACAAGGCACCUCUCUACAAGGGAGUGGAUUCUGGAGAGUCAGAGUUACUGAUCCCAUGGGAAGAGUCUACAUGGAGCAAAACUUUCCCUCUUCAGGUGGUCUCACUCUGUGCGAAGAGAGCAUUAGGCAGGGGGCUGGGCUUGAACUCUGCCUGAAUAGGGCUCCUCUCAUUCAGGGCUUAUAUAAUACAAAUACGACAUGCUUUUGCACAUACAUUGUACCAAGGGUAGGAAACCAGAUGCAAGUGUUUAUGAUCACAAUUCCCAUAACCUCCUACUGAGGCUUCCAGGGGCUUUUAUCCAAAACAUUCUACAGAAUUGCUUCUGGUUACCAGCUCUUGAUACAUGAAUCAGGAGUAACAUGGUAUUCUCCCAAGGCAGCACAACUGUGAGUAUUUAAACACAACCCACACUCCCACUACCUUUUAUUGCCUAGGCAGACCCAGUCUGGAGGGCAAAAACAAUCCUUGUCCAAAACUAAUGGAAGAGACAUCAACAGGACUGGGGAGUGCCUAUCUAAAGCAUCAAAACAGGUAACCAUGUGAAACUGGAAGGAGGGGCAAAGCAAGAGUUAUGGGGAAUCCCAGCUAGAAACCAAAGACGCACCAGACCGCACCUGCCAUUAUUGCAGCCAUUUGAUUCUCUGUUGCUAAUCCAUCAUGUUCUUCCUAGAGAAGUGUUUUGCUUCUAUAUAUGUCUUUAUGUGUAUGCAAAUUUAACAAAGGUCAGUUGGCAUAAUCUCCCAGUCUUUUGUACCAGUAUUUUCCCUCCUCGAUAAAAGCAAUCCUAAGAGAACUCACACACACUGAAUUGUCUUAAGGCCCUGAUAACCACACUCUGUGUUUUACAGCUUUUGAACAAUCUGAAUUUCCCACUUCGCAUGACUGUGCCCAUAAAACAGUGGGUUUCCAAUCAGCCUGAAGGUUCCUCAUAAUGCAAGUGAGGUCUUUUCAGAGACAGCUUGCCCAUUAGUGCCAGUCUUCACACACAACAAGGCCCAACUGGCAUUGCCAGUGCCACGACUGAACUAAACGUGCACCCUAAAAGAUAUACCAGACUCACUUCCUUGCUCUGGCAGAGGCUUUGACUUUCCUGAGCAGAGGAGACUAGGUGGAAAGUUUUAAAAGCCACAUUUACUACCAAUAUUAACACAACAGGGACAAGUUUAUCUAUGUAACCCUUCACUUUCUCUUCUCUUUUGACCAAGGUGCUUGCACUUACCCAGGGCAUCUCUAGAGAGGGUAAAAGCAAGCAUCACCACUAGUAUGGGGAUUCUCAAUUAAAAUGGAAGAAACAGAGCUUGCUUUUAUAAUUCCAGAUUGUGGGUACUGUUUCCUUCUACCUGAGAUACCAAGCUGAGUCCCUUGGAAUUGCAUGUUGGGUGUUACUACGUAUUCAUUUGCAAUGACAGAAUGGGUGCAUAAAAUUCCCUGGACCAUUUUUCCAAAGGGAAAGGUUGGAGGAGGGGGACAUACAUAUUGGUGUAUGUGAGGGGGGGGAGAGGGAGGGAAGGG